UAGAUCACUCUUAAUUUUUCUGCCUUUUGCAAUCUGGUAUCUUUUUCGUCCACAAGGCGGGAAUGCACAUGAAGAAGUCGGAAGAAUUGACUAAAAAAAUGAGGUAAGGCCUCCUGGCAAAUACAUUUUUCCAACAAGCAAGCCAUGCAGGACUGCAAGACCAUUCUUUGCCUUUCAGUCUACAUCAUCACCUUCGUCACAGGCUUCCCCUGCAACAUUCUGGCCUUCUACACGUUCAGCUGUAAGGUGUGGAGAAAGCCAGUGCCCAUUGACAUCCUCCUGCUCAACCUGACAGUCUCCGACCUGCUAUUCCUUCUCUUUCUGCCGUUUAAGAUGCAAGAAGUGGUCGACGGCAUGCACUGGGACAUGCCGUACUUCCUGUGCCCACUAUCUGGCUUCGUCUUCUACAUGACCAUCUACAACAGUGCGUUUUUUCUCACUGCAGUAAGUGUUGAGCGAUAUCUGGGUGUAGCUUUCCCCAUUCAGCAUUCGAUGAGACGACGACCCAUAUAUGCCGUGAUGGCCUCAGUCUUCCUCUGGGCGCUCUCCAUGCUCCACCUUAGCAUUGUCUACGUCGUGCCAUACUACAACCCAGCUGGGACAGGGCCACCGUCUAGGAAUGUGUGUUAUGAAGAGUUUACAGAUGCCCAGCUGCGAAUUCUGCUGCCUGUACGCUUGGAGCUGUGCAUCGUGCUCUUCUGCAUCCCGCUGCUCAUCUGCACUUUCUGCUACAUCAACUUCAUUUGCAUCCUGUCGCGUUUGCCAAACAUUGGCAGACGGAGGAAGCUUCGAGCCAUUGGACUUGCCUUGGGCACGCUGCUGGUGUUCGCUCUGUGCUUUGGACCCUACAACGUCUCGCACGUGGUCGGAUUCAUCACCAGACGCAGCCCUGAAUGGAGGGACAAGGCGCUGCUACUCAGCACUUUCAAUGCCUGCCUGGAUCCACUCAUCUUUUACCUGUCGUCGGCAGCCGUCCGGAGCAUGUUGGCAUCAGUGGCGCAGGGUGUGUGGCACAAAAUAAAGGCAGGUUGUCUUUAUGUUUUUUUCUGCUGGAGGCUGAGAAACAACGAGCACGAAAGCACUAAAACCACAUUUCCAAUUCCGGCCGAGAUUAACAUUCUUUGACAGAAAUUGUUGGUGAGAACAGGAUUCCAGAAUCCUUCCGGGAAUAACGAUGCAAGCAUUUCAUCUGAAUUUUCUUUUUAUCCCCAAAGGAACAAUUAUACGGCGCAUGGAAUAGCUGGGGAUUUGUAACUUAGCUCAAAAAGACACUAAGAUGACACUUCAGGCAGCAAAAUCCGC